AUGAUGCAGCAUCUAUCAAGAUGGCAUACGAGGAAUAAGACCUUAUGCAACUUGACUCCGCACUCUGAUGCAACAGGACUGACCUUAUUAGUUCAAGUCAAUGAUGUUCAAGGCCUGCAAAUCAAGAAAAGCAAUACAUGGGUGCCUAUUAAACCCAUUCCUGGAGCAAUCAUCAUCAAUAUCGGUGAUACUAUGGAGAUAAUGAGCAAUGGGGAAUAUAGCAGCAUUGAGCAUAGAGCUGUCGUGGAUUUCCACAAAGAAAGACUUUCAAUUGCUGCAUUUCACAGCAAAAGUUGGUCCUCUAGCAGAUCUUGCCAAAGAAAUUGGAGCACAAUACAAGACAAUAGAAACCGAGAGCCUUCUCAGACUGAAUCUAAGCACCAAUCUUGUUGGCAAAAGCUUACUGGAUCACACGAGGAUAAAAAAAAAUGA